CACUUUCAAGUUGAUGUCUUUCCCACUCCCAGCCGUCACUUGCAACACGCGCGCAAAGGAGGAAAAUGUCGAGAUGCCUCUGCACCAACGCUAAUCGAACCAAGAAGUUACGGGACAUACGUGAAGACAUUAGUAAAUGAAAUAGGCUCCAGCAGCAACAGCUCAACCGAUGAGGAUGGAGAGGUGUAUAAUCGUUUCGCGUUCGUCAGAGCUGGAAUCUUGGGUUUAGUUUUUGUGCUUGCAACAUGUGGCAAUCUUUUUUUCCCGAGCACACUUUGGAAGAAGCGAAAAAGAAACACUAAGACCCAGUUGUUCCUGUUGCAUCUGUGCUUGGCGGAUCUGGUGGUCGCCUUUUUCCAAGUCCUACCGCAGUUUGUCAUGGAAAUUACGCACAGGUUCCAAGGCACGGACUUCCUGUGCCGGUCCGUAAAAUACUUGCAGGUGGUCGGGAUGUAUGCCUCCACGUACAUGAUAGUGGCUAUAACCAUAGACCGGUACCACGCCGUUUGUAAGCCCAUGGUUUCCUUUUUGAAGGGCUCGUUUAGGAGAUACCUCUCCAUCGGCGCAGCGUGGCUCAUCUCUCUCGCCUUCAGCUCUCCUCAGAUCUCCAUCUUCUCUCUCCAGGAGGUGGUUGAGAACCAGUAUGACUGCUGGGCUACAUUCAUUGAACCGUGGGGGAGCAGGAUCUACAUCACCUGGAUCUCUCUGUCAGUGUUCGCACUGCCUGCAGCCAUUGUGCUCUAUUGCCAAUUAAGAAUAUGCACAACAAUCUACUUCAACAUGAAAAGGAAGGCGCUGCAGGCAGGACGCGCAGGCACGAAGGGGGUGUCCAACGCAAUGCUGAAGACUGUGAAAAUGACCUUUGUUAUUAUUAUGACAUACACAGUGUGUUGGAGCCCAUUCUUUGUUGUCCAGUUAUGGUCUGCAUGGAUCCCCAGCAGUGCGCCUAUUCAAGGUCCAGUGUUUGCCAUCAUCAUGCUGCUGGCCAGUCUCAACAGCUGCACCAACCCUUGGAUAUAUCUCUACUAUAGCUAAAAAAUAUCCCCCUGAAACACGAAAAAUUAAACAUAAUUCAAGUAAUUUGGAAACCUAUCCCAAUGUGUCCCUUGUACUGGACACCGGGUCAAUCUUUUUCACAAAAAAAGUACAUUUAUUUGGUAUAAAUUAAAUAGUACAUUUUUCUUUUUAAUUCUUUCUCAUUUGAUAAAUAUUGGAAACUUAAUAUAAAACACAUUUUAAAACCUCCUCAUCUUCUGACAGGUCAAUGUGUGACUUCUCUCCUUCUCUUCCUCCCUCUCUAUCUGUAUGUAUUUAUGUAAAUGUAUGUUACU